AUGCCUUCAACCCAAUCAUCAAUUCAAAAUUCCACAAUGAAACAACCUUUAUUUCCAUCGAAACCAAUGAAUAUUGUUGCUCAACAAAAUUCAAAUGUUUCUACGAUGAUGAAUUCAAAUUAUAAGUAUGAACAACAACAACAGGAGUUGUUUAGACAACAAACUAAUGCUGCAGCGAUUAAUGCUUCCCAACAACGUCGCCAGCAUGUUCAACAAUUGACGCAUCAUCGAUCAAUGCCACUUUUGAACUCGGAUGUAACGGUAAUCCCAGAGUCUAAGCCCCUGAGUUAUUCGUCGAUUUUUCAAAGAACUCCCCCUUUGUCAUCAAGACAAAAUAUCUCUGGAAGCUAUGGUUCCAAGCCUUUUUCAUUUUUAUCUCAAGGCGCGACCAACAACUUGACAAAUUUGAAAAAGGCUUCGAAUAGUACAACCCAAUAUCGCCAACCGUCCUUGUACUCGGCUUCAACUACGUUCCAGACGCAAUCGCCGGAACCAUUUAAUCGAACACCGCCUUUGCUUCAACAACAUAGUGGAUCGCUUAAACUUAAUCAGAAUUCGGGAAAUAGUUCUUGGUUUGUGAGUAGCAAUCCACCAACUCCCGUGGAUCUUCCCAUGGUUCCAUCCACGUCUCAAUAUCAUUCACUUAUUGGAAGCAACGGAAAUAGUUCAAAUUCCAAUAUUGGCACUAAUUAUAACAACAACUCUGGCGUAACAUCUGGACUACAAUUGCCAUCCACGAAAUACGCCCAAUCACACUACGGAUCUGUUCAAGCUCAACAAGGCAUGAACGUAGUAAAUAUGACGAAUGGAAUCGGCGGCUUUGCCAUUCCUUUGCUUGGAUCUCAAAAUCAUAACAACGUCAACACCAAUAACAGUAAUAAUCUUCAAAUCUCUGCUAAAAAAGUAGAAGGUAUUGCUGCUAAUUCUGGUGGUUCGGCUCCUGUUCUGAUUGCACCCCCCGGGUUGGGAGUUGCUGGUGGGUUUGGUGCCCCAACUAUAUCUCUUCAAUCUUCUUCAUAUCGUGCACGUUCAUCUACUGGUGCUGGAAUGGGUUAUAAUAACACAGGUGCUAGGAUUGGUAAUGCCGCUGGGACGACGAAAGUUGCUGGAAAUGCUGUGAUUAACACCGCUAAUGUCAAUUCAACAGCAGAAGGAAGUUACUUUUCGCGUGUAGUGGAUGGAGUUGGAAUGGCCUAA